AGCUGUGGAGAGGCAGACAGACCUGCCGUGCACCGAGGAGGGCUCCACACCACAAGACACAGCAACACCACAAGUGCUCAGCAUGUCUGCCACGCACUUCAACAGGGGCCCUGCCUAUGGCAUGUCAGCAGAAGUCAAAAACAAGUUAGCUCAGAAAUACGACCCACAAAGGGAGCAGGAACUGCGGCAGUGGAUUGAAGAGAUGACAGGGAAGCGCAUUGGAGACAACUUCAUGGAAAGUUUGAAAGAUGGAGUCAUCCUAUGCGACCUGAUCAACAAACUCCAACCUGGAUCUGUGCGGAAGGUGAAUGAGUCCACACAAAACUGGCACCAGCUGGAGAACAUCGGCAACUUCAUCAAGGCCAUUACGAAAUAUGGCGUGAAGCCCCAUGACAUCUUUGAAGCCAACGACCUCUUUGAGAAUACAAACCACACCCAAGUUCAGAGCACUCUGGUUGCGCUUGCCAGCAUGGCCAAGACAAAAGGCAACAAGGUGAACAUGGGUGUGAAAUAUGCAGAGAAGCAGCAGCGCAAAUUCCUACCUGAGAAGUUGAAAGAAGGACGGAACAUCAUUGGACUUCAGAUGGGUACCAACAAGUUUGCCAGCCAGCAAGGUAUGACUGCAUAUGGCACACGCCGGCACCUGUAUGAUCCCAAGUUGGGCACAGAUCAGCCUCUGGAUCAAGCUACAAUUAGUCUACAAAUGGGAACCAACAAAGGGGCUAGCCAGGCUGGCAUGACAGCUCCCGGAACGAAGCGGCAGAUUUUUGAGCCUGCAUUGGGUAUGGAACACUGCGAUACCCAGAAUAUCUCUCUGCAGAUGGGAAGCAACAGAGGGGCCUCGCAGCAAGGCAUGACUGUGUACGGGUUGCCCCGGCAGGUAUACGACUCCAAGUACUGCCUCACGCCCAACUACCCCAUCAUCGGAGAUGAAGAGGGCCAGUACAACCACAGUCAACAUAACUUCUACAAUUCCGAAUAGCCAGGCAGAAACAAGGGACUAACUCAGAACAGAGAUCCUGGCAUUCCAACAGUGCUUGUCGAAACAGAAGAUCCAAAAUUAAGCGGUAAUUUUAAGCCGGGAAAUUACAAGAAAACCCAGAGGGCUCCCUAAAACACAAAGCAGCUCGCUAGAGAUACCGCCUCCAGACUAUGCCAAAGCCAGGCCUCGCCUCCAGCCACUGAACUCCAAUGCUUCACUUUGAUACCUCGCACGCUUUUAACUUAAAUGAUCAACCACUGCAACAGUUGUUAAGAUUACACUGAUGUGACUCAAAGCCCUUGGGAUAGGUCACCAUAAAAUAACCCAAGAUGGGUUGGGCGAAGUGAGAACAUGGGAAUGAGACAAAUGCUUGAUGGUUCCUCUCCAGAAGCCGCCAGUCAGAGCCGUGCCUUACUGAUGGCUCGUUUGGGGGUGCUGCUGCAGUUUUGGGUCUGAGAGGCAGAAGCAGAUAACAGGUAACUUGGUCUCUGUUGGAGAACACGCUGGCUUCUGUGCUACAUUUUGCAUACUCAGAAAGACACAAGCGGCUCCAUUAAAAGAUACAACAUCUGGCUUGCUCCAUCUUCAUCUAGUGGGUAAAAGGCAAGCACCCCAUCUGAGACUUGCCUACUUUGGGAUUUCUGCUUUCUAAAGGCAAGGAUGUUUUUAAAUGGCAAAAAAAACCACUGGUAAAGCAAGCCACCCACUGGCUUCCUAGAGAUAUUGAGGGAAAUUGUGGAAGGAGAGUGGGCACGUCUGGAGGUACACCUACCAAGCAGCACGUGUUCCUAGUGCAUACUCAAAGCACAGAGGUAUCUCAAGAGUGAAGUGAUAGGUUAUUAAAAGAACAUGGCAAGUGCAAAUGAAAGCCAAGGUUAUUUUAGCCUCUAAAAUUUCGGGCACAGUAUUUAGCAAUAAAUUUCAGGGUUCCAGAGAAUCUCUUCCUUCGCCUUAAAUAAAGCAACAUGCCUCCCCCACCAAAACCCAUUAGCAGACGAUGCUGAUCGUUGCAGGUUUUUCCUGUUUCCUUCCACACAGCAGUUCCACCUGCCUCUGGGGGAGGUGAUAAGCUGUGGUCAUGGGACCUGCAUGGACUAACAUCUGCAUGGGACAGGGAGUUGUAAUGUGCAGGGAGAAGGGCGGGGAAAUCAUCCGACCUGCCUCUUCCAUCAGAGGGGACGAUCCAUGAUUCCUGUGCCACAGAUCCAACCCCAAGUUACUAGCCCUCAUGGUUCAGUGUGGCUCCACAACAUACGCGCAAUUUCUAAAGUAGUGCCAUUUUUCAAGGAUAGGAGCUUCUUAGCACGCAUAGCUACUUUCACCUUGCAAUAGCUCUAUCUGCACACGCUUCUCCUGUCCCUUCUUCCAACACAAUAACCCGAUCUGUAGAAAGCUUCUUGGCACCAACUCAGUUCUCUCCCCACCUGUUUUACUGAUUUCAGAACAAAUAACAGCAUUAAGUAGUUUAAUCUAAACUUAAGCUCCUCAGCAUGCUGAUUGAGCAAGAAUUUAGAAGUUCAAGUUUCAUAAUGUGAAGCUAUACCACUGGCUGUCAUGGGACAAAUUCAUGUUUAAAACAAAGACAUUUCUCCCACUGUCUAGUCAUGUUUAUGUGCCCUGAAAGGAAACUGGAUUAGCUACUGCUAUAAAGCCAACACUGUGAGCAAUUUAAAGUUAAGACCAUGAUCCUAAGUAUAUAUAGACACCAAGAGUACUAAAGUGAUUGACCAAAACCUACUUCCACACCCAGGAUGGGUUUACGUAGUCAAUUUCUUGUAAUAGUUUGAAUUGGCCGAUUCAAUUGGCAUAUAUAGCUCUGAAGAAACAAAUGUUUUUAGGUGAUCUAUGCAUGAAUUGCCACAGAGAUCACCUGAAAUGAAGCAUUCUCCCAUGUGAGGUAGGAGAAAUGCCCCUAAGAUGAAUGCUUAUUACUCAUAGACUGCAAAUAAAGUAAUUUUGUAGUAAAUUUACUGCUCGGUUAAUCUGGGGCACCUUUUAAAUUGUUUAAAGUGUUUUUGCUUAGUUAUCUAAUCAAGCAAUUGACUAUGCGGCACACACCAACUUAAGUCCUGGGCUUGUCAUCGGAGGGGCGCAUGAAGAACAGGGCUGGCUUGCUUCACUAACUUUUUGUAUCAUCGUGUUGUGUUGUCAUAGAUCUAGCGUUAAAGUCAUGCCACUGGCUGAGCUCGAGAGAGGAUUGCUUACCCACCAUACGUUCUCACAAUUCACAGUGCCAAAUACUGUCACAAGCUAGCAAUUUCGGCAUUUUCCAAAACUAGACUAAGUGCUGCCCAAGAAAGGAAUCGCCCUUAACCCUCCUUAGUUCCCCUUGAAAUUAAAAGCAUCUUACAUGCUGACAUUUGCCCCUUUAAAACAAGAAAACAUUUCUAUAGAUGUAUUUGUAAUUUUCUGAUGAGCAUUUUUAAAAUUUCUUCAUGGCACAAUAAAAGGAAAAGGGUUCCUUUUUCUAACGUUACUGAAAAUAAUGUUUGCCUUCAACAAAGCUUCUUGAAAAGAAAGGAUAUUAACAUACACGGAUGCCUUAUAUUGAGUCAGUCCAUCUAAGCCAACAGAGACCUCUCUUACCCGGCAGAAACCCUCCAAGGUCUUCAGAGGUUUUCCCCAGCCCCGUUGCUCCAAACCCUUUAACUGGAGACGCUGAGGAUUGAAUCUGGGACCGUACGCGUGUGCUGUACUAGAGUUAUGUCUCUUUCCCAAAUACAUAUGAGAUGCAGAAGUUUCACAAACCAGAUUUGUAAUUUCCACCUGCUCCCAUGACUCACUUCUGCCUUUUGUGUUUAUGUGUGUUUUGUCAAAUAGAAAACAAGUCAACUAACUAUGCAGAAUGGACUAAGAGUAUCACCAGUUAUAUAUUUUAUUCUCAGCCUUCACAUUGUGUUUGUGUGAGAGAAUAAACCUGCAUGGCCAUGUUUGUGCUUUAAAAAAAAAAAUCACAGAAUACAUACAAUAAGCAGAAAAACUCUUGUGGAAAUAAUCAUUUUAAACCAGAUGAGUUUCUAGUUCUCAGGACUGUUGCUAGAACUUACUAGAUGGGGAAUUCCUGAUAAAUAAGGGAAUUAAAUUUCCAUUAAAAGGACAUGCUAUGUUGCAAGAAUAAAGACAAACUCAAGUCA